AUGAGACGGAACGGAAUUCCUGACGCCCAAAUCGAGUGUCGGCGUUUGCCGACGCUUGAUUUGGGCGCCAUCAACAAACAACUCCCACUCUCUCAACCACCACCAUCAUCCACGACGCCAACCCACCUCGCGACACCGCCACGUCACCAACGGCCACCACGACGCACACAACGACGACACGACGAACGACGCAAGUCGUCGUUCGUCGUACGACGCAAGUCGUCGUUCGUCGUCAUAGCUCGUCCCACCCAGCCUGCUAACACCAGGCACACGACGAGGGACAACCACGUCAACGCACGACCACGACCACCACGCCCACAGACGACGACACGCCUCACCACGUCAACGGAGGGCCACGCCAACAAACGACACGCCCACGACGACACCACCACCACGUCAACGGGCGACGACCGCGUCAACGGACGCCCACGUCAACGGACGACGACGACGUCAACAGACGACGAGCACGUUAGUGGACGACGAGCGACCACCGCCACGUCAACGGACCACCGCCACGUCAACAGACGACGACGACGAAGCCAACGGACGACGACAACGCCAACGGACGACAACGCCAACGGCCGACGACGACAACGCCGCCAACAGACGACAACGCCAACGGACGACGUCGACGAUGCCAAUGGACGGCCACGUCAACGACGACGAGCGUGUCCCGCUCCACCACGUACACACGGCGACAAGUGUUGUCCCUCCCCCUUUUCUUUCCCUGUCCCUACUCCCUUCCUUUUCCCUAUCACCCUUCCCCCUUCCCUUCCCUGUCCCUACACCCUUCCCCCUUCCUUUUCCCUGUCCCUACACCCUUCCCCCUACCUUUUCCCUCCCCCUUCCCUGCCCAUCCCUUCCUUCCUCCACCCCCAUUUAUUUCUGCCCCCCUCCUCCCCCCCUUCCUUUAACUUAGAAUACAGCAUGAAGUCACAUAGACUUGGGUUUGGAUGA